GAAACAAAAGGAUCAACAUAUCAACUCAAGCCUGUAGUCCAUCCUGGUGGAAAGACGGAGAUAACGAUGAAAAACUGAACUAUGGGCUGGGAUGGCCUGACCUCCAGUGUAGCAGACCCAUAAUCUGGAGCCCACGAUGACUGCAGCGCUGAAUGAACUGCUGAGGGAGACUCUGGACAACCUCUCGGGGGCUGACUUUAAGAGGUUUAAAUGCUACCUUCGGGAUGAGUACGGAAUGGCAUGGGGAAAGCUGGAGAAGGCCGACACAGAUGAUGCCGUGGACUUGAUGGUGCAGGUGCACAGCAUGGGGGCGGGGGCCGUCACGUUGACCAUCUUGCAGAAGAUGAACCACAACCAGCUGGCCAUGGACUUGGAGAGUGAUCUGGCAAAGUGUGGAGGUCAGCAGUGUUCCACAAGUCCGGCUGCAGGGGGUGGAGGGAUCGACAUGAACAUGUCUGCAGCACCUGCACCACAGCAAGCUGGAGACCAGCAGUGCUCUGCAGAGGAAGGAGGGAUCAACAUGAACAUAUCUGGAGCACCUGUGCUACAAAGAGGUCAUGGUUCAGCACGGAAAGUUAAAAUACUGAAAGAGAAGCUUCAAACACACUUGAGAACCAAUUUUUCUGCUGUUCAUCAAGAAAAUGGAGUUAAAAAAGUAGACGAUAUCUAUACUGACCUUUACAUUGUUGAGGGCCGCACAAGUGGGGUCAACAAUGCACAUGAAGUGUCGCCAAUUAACAUGAAUCAAAUUGGGAGAGGACCAAGCACGGAAGAUAAGCAAGUUAAGUUGGCAAACAUAUUCACUCACACUAACAAUCAGGCCACAAAAGUUUUGACUUUGGGGAUUGCUGGUGUGGGGAAAACGGUUGCAGUGCAGAAGUUUGUCAUGGACUGGACUGAUAGAGGAACAAAUCAAGACAUUGACUUUGUCUUUGUUCUUCUUUUUCGAAAGUUGAACUUGAUUAUGGAAAAACAUUACACUUUUCUUGAACUCCUGAUUGCAUUCUACACAGAACUCAAAGAUUUGACAGAAAAUGAAUUCACUAAAUGCAAAACUAUUUUUGUCCUUGAUGGUAUGGAUGAAAGCAGGCUCCACCUCGACUUUGAAAAGUAUAUUAUUGAACUCAGUGAGAAGACUUCUGUGGACAUCCUCAUAACAAGUCUCAUUAAAGGAACACUACUGAGCACUGCACACAUCUGGGUUACAACCAGACCAGCAGCGGCCAGUCUGAUCCCAAAUGACUGCUUCAAUUAUAUGACAGAGGUGAGAGGAUUCAAUGAUGACCAGAAAGAUCAGUUCUUUCAGAAGAACAUAAACAAUAAAGAGAAAGCCGAGAAACUCAUUCUUUAUAUCAAGAAGAAUAGAAGCCUCCACAUCAUGUGUCACAUACCAGUAUUCUGCCGGAUUAUAGCUAGUGUGGUAGAUGAAAUACUGGGAGAUCAGAGCAAAGAAAAAAAAGCCAAAACUUUGACAGAAAUGUACACACUGUAUACUUGCACUCAGAUGAAACGAAUGAACGAAUUCUUGGACAGUAACAUGAAGAUGAGUGGAAAAGAAAAAGGCCAGUUGCUUGUUAAACUUGGGAGACUGGCAUUCAAACAUCUGGAGAAAGGCACCCUGAUUUUCUAUGAGAACGACUUGCAAGCUUGUGGUAUUGAUGUCAGGACUGGAGCAUUGCAGGCUGGAGUUUGUACACAGAUCUUCAAUGUUGAGGGUGCUGCAGCUGAAGAUAAUAUAUUCAGCUUUGUACAUCUAAGUGUACAGGAAUUCUUGGCAGCUCUUUACGUUCUUAACAAAAAUGCAACUUGUUAUUUGGGAAAUCGUCUCCCCACAACAUGGAGGAAGAUGAGCCACUGGCUAUCUUCACCCUCAAGAUUUGACCUUUACAUGCUUGCUGUGGACAAGGCCCUACAGAGCCAGAAUGGACAUUUGGAUCUUUUUGUUCGCUUCCUCCUUGGCCUGGCUCCAAUGUUGGAGCCUCAAAUUAGGUCCCCCCUGAAAAAUGUGCUGCCGCAGUUAGCUGUCAGAGAAACAUGUAUCAAGAACACAGUUCAAUUCAUCAAAGAAGUGAUCAAGAGAGACGACUCACCAGAACGGACCAUCAACCUCUUCCACUGUUUGAAUGAGCUUGGGGACAACUCACUGAUUCAGGAGAUCAAUGGGUACAUAAACUCAGCAGAUGAGAAGAACCUGACUCCAGCCCAGUGUUCAGCUCUGGCUUAUCUGCUGCUCAUGUCAGCUACAGACAUGGAGGAGUUUGAUCUGAAGAAGUACCUGAGAUCAGAGGAAGGGCUCCACAGAAUGCUCCCUGUAGUGAAUGUCACAAGGAGAGUUUGGCUGAAUCAGUGUCAACUCACUAAAGCAAGUGGUAAACUGUUAGCAUCAGUGCUACAGAGGACACCUUCCCAUCUGAGAGAGCUGGACAUGAGUAACAAUGACCUGCAGGAUGAAGGAGUGGAGCUGCUCUAUGUGGGAUUAAGAGAUCCACAAUGCAAGCUGGAGAUACUGAGGCUUGCUGGCUGUGGACUCACUGAGAAGUCUGGUGAUAUUUUGGCCUUUGCUCUGCAGUCAGUAAACUCCCACCUGAGAGAGCUGGACCUGAGUAAGAAUACUCUGGGGGAUUGUGGAGGAAAGUUGGGUUCUGAAGCACUGACUCCACACUGUAAGAUGGAGACACUCAGACUUGCUGGUUGUAAACUGACAGAGGAAUCCUGUGAGGUUGUAGCCUCUGCUGUGCAGCACAUGGUCUCUCUGACAGAACUGGACCUGAGUGACAAUCACAUGAACAUCACUGGAAGUCAUCUUCUGAGUGCCUGGAUAAGUCACCCCAACUGUAAACUGCUGAUAUUAAGACUAGCUGGUUGUAAACUGACAGAGGAAUCCUAUGAGGCUUUAGCCUCUGCUGUGCAGCACAUGAUCUCCCUGACAGAACUGGACCUGAGUGACAAUCACAUAAGCAUUACUGGAAUUCAGCUUCUAGAUUCACUGAAAAGUGCCAUCAACUGUAAGCUGCAUACAUUGAGACAUGCCCGUGGAGAACUGAGAAACUAUGCCUGUGAGCUCACACUGGAUCCAAACACAGCACACAGAGAACUCUCUCUCUCUGAGGGGAACAGAAAGGUGACACUUGGGAAUCAUCAGCAGCCGUAUCCUGACCACCCAGAGAGAUUUGACCCCUACUCUCAGGUGCUGUGUAGAGAGGGUCUGACUGGACGCUGCUACUGGGAGGCUGAGAGGAGUGGUGGUGUGGUUUAUAUAGCAGUGGCCUAUAAGAGCACCCCGAGGACACAGGGGAGUGGGGAGAGCAGCUGGUUUGGACUUAAUGCCAAGUCCUGGAUACUGGACUGCUCUGGUAACAGUUACACUGCCAGGCACAAUAGUAAGGACACUUCCAUACCUGCCCCCUCCUCCCGCUCCAGCAGAGUAGGAGUGUACCUGGACUGGCCAGCAGGCACUCUGUCCUUCUACAACGUCUCCUCUAACACACUCACCCACCUGCACACGUUCCACUCCACAUUCACUGAGCCCCUCUAUCCUGGGUUUAGGGUUUGGUCUAUUAACUCCUCAGUGUCCCUGUGCCAGAUCACAUGACCUCCUAAUCCUGCAGCAGAGGAGAGCCACACACACCUGUUUACACACUCCUGUGUGUGUGUGUGUGUGUGUGUGCGCGUGCGUGCGUGUGUGUGUGUGUUUGUGUGUGUGUUUGUGUGUGUGUGUGUGUGUGUGUGUGUUGCCCCUGCUCCGCUGCUGUGUGUGUGUGUGUCUCCUCUUGCCUCCUCUCUGUACCCGUCACUGUUCUCACUGUACUCACUACUCACACACACACACACACACACACACACACACUCACUCACUCACUCACUCACUCACUCACUCACUCACUCACUCACUCACUCACUCACUCACUCACUCACUCACUCACUCACUCACACACACACACACACACACACACACACACACACACACACACACACACACACACACACACACACACACACACACACACACACACACACACACACACACACACACACACACACACACACACACACACUCACUCAUAGUCACACACACACACACUCACACACUCACACUCGCUCACUCACUCACUCACUCACUCACUCACUCACACACACUCACUCACUCACUCACUCACUCACUCUCACACACACACACACACACACUCACUCAUAGUCACACACACUCACUCACACUGACACACUCACACACACUAUACACUCACUCACACAUACUCAGUCACAAACACUCACUCUGUCUCUCUCACACACACACACACACACACACACACACACACACACACACACACACACACACUACACUCACUCACACAUACUCAGUCACAAAGACUCACUCUGUCUCUCUCACACACACACACACACACACACACACACACACACACACACACACUACACUCACUCACACACACUCAGUCACUAACACUCACUCUGUCUCUCACACACACACACACACACACACACACACACUCACUCAUAGUCACACACACGCACGCACGCACGCACGCACGCACGCUCGCUCGCUCGCUCGCUCGCUCGCUCACUCCCUCACUCACUCACUCACUCACUCACUCACUCACUCACUCACUCACUCACUCACUCACUCACUCACUCACUCACUCACUCACUCACUCACUCACUCACUCACUCACUCACUCACUCACUCACUCACUCACUCACUCACUCACUCACUCACUCACUCACACACACACACACACACACACACACACACACACACACACACACACACACACACACACACACUCACACUCACACUCACACUCACACUCACACUCACACUCACACUCACACACACACACACACACACACACACACUCAUAGUCACACACACUCACUCAUAGUCACACACACUCACUCACACUCACUCACACUGACACACACACACACACACACACACACACUCACAGUCACACUGACACACACUCACACACAUUCACUCACACACACACACACACACACACACUAUACACUCACUCACACACACUCAGUCACAAACACUCACACUGUCUCUCUCUCUCACACACACACACACACACACACACACAC